CCAAUUCAACAAACAGCCAUCAACUCAAACAUAAACCAACUACUCUGUUUUCUCCUCUUCUCAAAACAGAGCAAAAAAGGAAGGAAGAAAGGGGGAACACUUUCCACAGAGGAGAGGUUUUCAAACAAAAGCUCCCUUCGUUCAUAUAAUUAAUUUCGUUCUUUUCCUUAAAAACGAUGGCUUUCUUAGAUUUCUAUUACUUGAUUACUCCCCAAGAAGGCAUCGUCUCCACCAGCCAAUCUUCUUCUCUAAUUUCACUGUUCUAUGAUAUCAUUCUCUGUAAAUUGAUCUUCGAUCGGGUUAGAAGCUUUCCCAAACUCCUCUCCAGAUUCUCCUUUUUCAUCCAAUCCCAACUGAGACUUGGAGCUGGUGUAGAAGCAGUAGUAUUACCAGAAGGAGAGGAGAAGAAGGAAGAGGCAGAGUUGGAGAAGAAACAGAGCCCGGCUCCUCUGGUUAUUAGCAGAGAAGAUGUGGAGGUAGUGAUGGGAAAGCUUGGAUUUUUUUGCGACCCAGAAGGCCAGCAGCUGAAACAAUCGAUGGGUGCUGACCAGCUUCUGGAGUUGUUCGACGAGAAGGAGCCGAGCUUGGAGGAAGUGAAAGAAGCUUUUGAGGUGUUCGAUGUGAACAGAGAUGGGUUCAUUGAUGAAAUGGAGUUGCAGAGGGUCAUGUUUCAGUUGGGAUUGAAGGAAGGAGUUGAGUUGGAGAGCUGCAAGAAGAUGAUUGGAGCUUUUGAUGUGAAUGGGGAUGGGAGGAUUGAUUUCUGUGAAUUUGUCAAGUUUAUGGAUCACAGUUUUUGUUGAAUCUCCCCAAUUUUGGUACAUGAUAUAUUAUACAUUUCUUCUUUCUUUGAUUCACUUUGCCAAAAUUUUCAGUGUUCUUCUGACUUACAAGUUAACUUCAAUGUUCUCAGUUAUGUUAUCAUGCACAAUUUCAGCUUCUGUAAAGUGAUCAGAAGUCAAAACAACCAAAUCGUUCGCAUUCAAUAACUAAACCAAUAUUUCGAUUAUCUCUAAGGAAACAGUCUCUUGUCUCACAGAGCCACUCUGUGAGACAAGAGAUCCUUACCGGUAGAAGUUCCAUACCCUAAAACGAAUUCAUAGUUUCGUCACUGUGGUUAAUAAGGUGAGACCUUGAGCCUGCUGUAAUGGCUGCGUGCUCUAUGCGCGAGUGCAUAGGGCUUCAGCCACAACUUCGGCUCAUAUUUGGUGUUGACAUGGUGCAGCCAACCGUCCUAUCGCGAUAUACAAAGCAUCUUCGUUCAUAAAGGACACUGUGCAAU